AUGCGCAAGUGCAAAGUUUUCGUCGGUAACUCACAUCCAGAGCUAGGUGCUCAGGUCUGCGAGAAACUAGGUAUUGAGCCAGCACCAUGUGUGUUGAAGAAGUUUGCUAAUGGGGAGACUUCCGUACAAAUUGGUGUGUCCGUUAGAGACGAAGAUGUAUAUGUCAUUCAAUCUGGUUCGCCAACGGUAAAUGACCAUAUAAUGGAGCUUCUGAUUUUAGUGUCAGCAUGUAGAGGAGGAUCAGCAAAGAAAAUCACAGCAGUCAUACCACAAUUCCCAUAUUCUAAGCAAUGUAAGAUGAAAAAACAUAGAGGUGCGAUUACAGCAAGGAUGUUGGCAAAUUUGCUGAUCAUGGCGGGUGCUGAUCAUGUUGUUUCAAUGGAUCUACAUGCUUCGCAAAUGCAAGGUUUCUUUUCGAAACCAGUGGAUAAUCUGUAUGGUGGGCCAAGUUUAGCUAAAUGGAUUAGAGAAAACGUUGAAGACUAUGAAGACGCUGUAGUCGUAUCUAAAAAUCCCGGUGGGACUAAGAGAGUCACUGCGCUGGCUGAUGCCCUUAAAAUAAAUUUUGCCAUGAUUCACACUGAUCGUCGUCGUUCCAAGGAUCUGUACUCACAAAAUAAGGACAUAAAGCAAUUAAGACUGAGAAAACAAUCGUUACUGAGAAAAAAUAGGCCCAUCGUGAGACAGGGUGACGGUCCCGAUGAGGAGGAAAACAUCAUCUUGACAAAUGGAAUUCAAACCGCAAGAAUUCGCAACGGUCAUGUUAUUGAUGAUGAGGACGACGAAGAUGAUGAAGAGGCGUUAUCCAGUGACUUGAGUGAAACAUCAUCUAUGGCUGCCAGCGAUUCUUAUGCCCUUGGAGGAACCUAUGAUGCAACGGAUUCUGAUGAUGACGAAGAGCUCUUGGAGCAACAGCAAGAAAAGUUAAUCACUCUUGUUGGAAAUGUUCAUGGCCGCUCUGCUAUUAUCUUGGAUGAUAUGAUUGAUAGACCAGGCUCUUUUGUUAGUGCAGCAGAACAUUUAGUGCAAAACUGUGGUGCUAAGAGAGUUUAUGUUGUCGCUACGCAUGGUAUAUUCACAGGUGACUGUCUUGAACAACUUGAAGAAUCUGACGUUAUACACAAAAUUAUCGUGACAAACACAUAUCCAAUUACAAGAGAACGUUUACAGCAGUCCAAAAAAUUAGUGGCUAUCGAUGUUUCUACUAUAUUUGCGGAGACUAUCCGCCGCGAUCACUACGGCGAAAGUAUUUCAGUUUUAUUUGAUUCCCUUGCUUCGCUUUAA